AUGGCGACGUCGGCGGCACCCGAUGACUUCACCGUCAGAGAGACGAAAGCGGAGGAGGUGCUGCCCCCAACCCUGGGUUCUGGUUCUCAACCACCAAACCUCUUCGAUGGCACAACAAGGCUCUACAUCUCCUACAUAUGCCCAUAUGUGCAGAGAGUUUGGAUAGCUAGGAACUUCAAGGGGUUACAAGACAAGAUUCAGCUGGUUGCCAUUGAUUUGCAAGACAAGCCUGCUUGGUUCCUCGAGAAAGUUUACCCACCGGGCAAGGUCCCAGUCCUGGAGCACAAUGGCAACAUCAUAGCAGAGUCCUUGGAUCUACUCAGUUACCUGGACGCCAACUUUGAGGGCCCCAAGCUGUUUCCUCGUGAUCAGGACCCUGCAAAGCAAGCUUUUGCUGAUGAGUUGAUUGCCAGCAGCGAUUCUGUCAUCAUAGCCUUGUUCAGGGCAGGCCGUGCCUAUGCCCAAGCCCAAGCCCAGGGAGAUGAUGAUGAUGGUAUCAGUAAGCUACUUGCUCCUGCUCUUGACAAGCUGGAGGAGUCCCUGGGACGUUUCUCUGAUGGGCCAUUCCUCCUGGGACAGUCCAUGAGGGCAGUCGACAUGGUUUAUGCGCCCUUUGUCGAACGCUUCAAGGAUUUCUUCGCUGUAGUGAAGCACUACGACAUAACACAAGCAAGGCCUAAACUCAAGGAGUGGAUAGAGGAGCUGAACAAGAUAGAUGCCUACGCAGCGACCUGGGGGGAUCGCCGCCUGCAGCUUGCUGCCUUGAUGAACAAGUUCGGGAUACAAAGCCCGGUAGCCUGA